AUGAGCGCAACACUUCAGCCAUACCUUGAAGCUGUUCGUCAUACGCUCCAAGUAGCUCUAUGCCUCGAACAGUUUAGCUCACAGGUUGUCGAAAGACAUAAUAAACCCGAAGUAAGCUUCUUAUUUUGAAAAAAAAACUGUUAUAUUUUAAAAGAAAACUGCUAAGCCUUCGCCGCUUGAAAUAUGAAAAUGAAAAUUCAAGUGUUCAUUCCUUAACUUCUCCGUAGCAGCUGUUUUCGUUCGAAAUAGAAGCGAGGACAGACUCCGUUAGCUUUUUUAUUUAAUAAGAAAGAUAAUUAUUAUUUAUUUAUUAAAAAACAAUCUACUUUUAAUUUGGUCCCGCUGUGCGGGCCGAGUUUAUGCUGAGAGUAAGAAAUUUAACGAGAGACUCUUGUUGAAAAAGAAUGAUCAUUUUCAAGGUUGAAGUUCAAACAUCGAAAGAGCUUCUUAUGACGUCUGUGGUGGUUGCAAGAAACAAACAGGAGCGUGUUCUGAUUGAGCCAUCGGUCAACUCCGUGAGAAUAUCCAUUGCCAUCAAACAGUCAGAUGAUAUCGAAAAAAUUCUUUGCCACAAGUUUACGCGUUUUAUGUGUCAGAGGGCUGACAAUUUUUUUGUUCUUCGUCGAAAACCACUUCCAGGCAAGAUUUUUCGUGACACGUGUUAUCCUAGUUUUCUUCUCAGGAUAUGAUAUUUCAUUCCUCAUCACUGCGUCGCACACCGAAGCAAUGUUUAAGCACAAGUUGGUUGACUUCCUUCUCCACUUCAUGCAAGAGAUUGAUAAGGUUUAACAGAUCAUAUUCGCCAUUUCAUUUCGUGUUUUCAGGAAAUCAGUGAGAUGAAACUUUCACUGAAUGCAAGAGCCCGUGUGUCAGCGGAAGAGUUUCUGAAGCGCUUCAAUUAAUAUAUCAGGAAAAAUUAAAUACGCAUGUUCAAGACUUCGAAUGCCGUUUACAAUUUAUUCGAGAGCGAUUCUGGUAUAAAUUGUAAACAUAAACAUAUGCACAAAACUUCACUUUCUGAAAAUGAUUCAUCUCUUGUUCUUACUUUUCAAAAACUUAUUUCAUCAUACUCAGACAAGUCAAUUCGAAUCUAAUUAGAACAUUUUCGAAUCUAAGGAGGUUGCGUUAGAAACUAAAAUCAACUAAUUAGACAUGGUUUUAUAUAAUUUGUUUUAAUUAGAUUCGAAUUGACUUGUCUGAGUACUUGCGGUUUUUCACAAACCACGCCUUCGUCAAUCGUUCUACUUAUAAAUAUUUUUCUCGCUUCAAAAAUAUUUUUUACUAUGCAAUCGAAUUCUCGUUGUUUAGCGAGUAGUUACUUCUGCAAAUAUGCUUCGCAUAAUUUCUCUGCUUCACAUAAUUUUUUGAAGAAAUAUGAUGCAAUUUCUUGUAUUACUUUCAACUGCUGUCGCGCUUUCAUGCAGCGCGGAAAAGGAUAUUAAGCUCGAGCAGGCAGGAUCUUUCCAUACUGUCGAAGGAGAAGUUGGUUGUCUUUCAUAAUUCAUUUUUUGACAAAGUCAAGUCCAGAUCGCUCUUCCCUCCUCGACGAACUGUGCAAAAUGGUCAGGAAAUGCUAGAGUUCAUUUGAAUCAUGGUCAGCAUAUAGGAUUCGUGCGGCAAGAUUGUACCUUCCGCGUGGAUUUCGUCUCAAGUGGAACAUACAUUGUGCAAAUCGAGAAUACAGACUUUGUGUUUGAGCCGAUUCGUGUUGACAUUACUUCUAAGGGGAAAAUGAGGGCACGAAAAUUGACGAUUCUACAGGUUUGUUUUCACAAACAAUUCCGAUCAGAAUUUCCGAAAAUCAUUUUUCUGCAAGCAGGAUAACAAUUAACACUGAAAAUUUUACAGGCAUCUUGCCUGGAUUGCAUCAUAUUAGGUCUAAGUUUCAGACCGAUUGGAUUAUCUGGUCCCGAGAUAUGUGGAUGCAUCCGGAUGGCAGACGCAAAAGGCCGCAAUUUUCGCAAAAGGCGUUUUCGCCCUCUGAUUCGUAUAUCUCGGGAGUCCCGAGUCGGGACCAGAAAAUUCGAUCAAUCUGAAACUUGGACCCAUGAUGCUUCAAUUUAAUUAGAAAAAACAGGCUUCUUACUUGAGUGUUCUGCCCAUCCCUGAUUGCGUCUAUAGUAAUCAACAUGUUUUUAGCCGAACAAUGUGAACACUCUUCCAUAUCCGCUUCGACUUUCAACCCGUAGUCCGGCGCGGUACUUUCGAAAACGAGAGGAAUGGCGAAUCACUGAUAUGCUCUUCAGUCCAAUGGUUCUGAUGCUCGUGGUACCACUUGUUGUUAUGCUCAUACUUCCCAAGUAAGGCACCCAAAACCUCUUAUUUAUGUUUAAUAUUUCCUUUGAGAAUGACUGCAAACGAUCCGGAACUGAAGCGCGAAAUGGAAAACAUGCAAAUGCCUAAAGUGGACAUGCCUGAUGUUGGGGAAAUGAUGGCUAAUUUUUUUGGUGGACCUCCGCAGUCUAAAAAAAAGGCACUGUCUGGAGCAAGUGCCCAAAAAAGAAAAUAA